AUGGCUAGCGCGGGCGCGCAGUACCGCGGCGGCGCGCAGCAGUGGGCCGCUGCAUACGCGCCGCAGCCGUGCCGCUACCCGCCGCCGCAGCAGCACUACGCAGCGGCACCCAGCCCUUUCACUCCCCAUCAGACUUUGAUUUUGCAGUACACGAGUGCAACGAUGGGGGGAGGUUGCGGCGCGACGGGUACGAGGGUACCGACGGCUGCGUCGCCGGCUAACACGGCGUCCAGCUCGUCCUCUAACUCAGCGGGGGGCACUCGAUCCACCAGCCUAAGUACGGCCCCCCCUCCGCCCGCCUCCUCAGCGUCGACCACAGGCGCGUCCGGCGAACAACUCAGCCGCACCAAUCUCUACAUACGCGGCCUGAGCCAGAACACAACCGAUAAAGACCUCGUCCAAAUGUGCCAGAUGUAUGGCAACAUAAUAUCAACAAAAGCAAUAUUGGAUAAAAAUACAAAUAAAUGUAAAGGUUACGGUUUUGUAGAUUUUGAAACAAUCGCGUCAGCUGAGGCCGCUGUAAAAGGAUUACAAGCCAAAGGUGUUCAGGCCCAAAUGGCUAAAGUGGGUAUCUGGUUCCUGCGUAGACUGAACCGUCAACAGGAACAGGAUCCAACCAACCUGUACAUGGCCAACUUGCCACCUCACUUUAAAGAGAACGAUGUUGACCAACUGUUGGCCAAGUUCGGUCAGGUUGUGUCCACGAGGAUCCUGCGUGAUACCCAUGGACACAGCAAAGGCGUAGGCUUCGCAAGAAUGGAGUCUAGAGAAAAAUGCGAGCAGAUUAUCCAAAUGUUCAAUGGAAAUCCGAUACCGGGAGCUAAGGAGCCUUUGCUUGUGAAGUUUGCCGAUGGGGGUAAUAAGAAAAAGGCUUUGUAUAAUAAGCAGAAUGACAACAACGGUAGAGUGUGGCGAGACAACAAUGAUUCAAUCACUCAGGCGAUGAGUGUGACGGGUGUAUACGCUAGCGGUGUGGGCGGCGCCGGCGGGGAAUGCGGUGUAUACCGCAGUAACGUAUACGGCGUGGCCUUCCAUCCUCAGCUGCAUGCUCCAGCCUGGCUGCCGUAUGCUGCUCUGCUACCGCCAGCCCACCACGCGCCCCACGCCCCGCAUCCCGCACACCCCGCACACCCGCAACAUCUGCCCAUCGAUACAGUGCCUAGUCAAUAUGUGAACUGGGACAGCUUAAGGCCGGAAAAUGAAUUAUACUACUUCGCGUCGCACCCUUACCAGUACUUCACUGGUCCAACACCGCCCAUCAUUCAGAUGCCUAUGGAGAGCGAGCACGCGUCAACGGCCGCGUCCCCGGACGAGGCCUACCAGCCUUACCCCCCCAAGUAG